UACAGUAGUUUUUUGUAUUUUGCUUUGUACACAUCGCAGCAAACUGCUUUCAAUCUAUUUUCAUUAAUUUUCAGUUGUGUUAAAAUUUUCCUCAAAUAGGGUUCAAUUUAUUAAAAUCAGUCUCGUGUUUAUUUAAAAAAAAAUGUCAGGAAAAAGAAAUAGUUUAGCUAAAUCAACAAGAGACACAAAAUCAAUUGCUUCAAAUGAACCCAAUAAUCACCAUGACAUGAAAAAAUCUAAAACUGACUAUGACAAAAAUGAAGAAUUGUUAAGAAAAUAUAUUUAUCCUGAGGAUUAUACAGCAUCUAUGAGCCUAAUGACAAUUGCUUCUGCUUUGCCUGACACUGAUAACAUGGACAGUACAGGGGAUAAAGUCAACUCAAAGUCAUCAAGUUAUGACAAUGAUGCGGCUACUUCAUUCGACGAUGUUGAUUAUUCAGAAUAUGACUUUGAUGAUGAAGAAGAAGAUGCUACGUGUAAUGUGAAAUUCAAUUUUAGAAUGUUUCGUGAUGCCAUAGACGAAAUUCCAAUAUCUGAUAAGAAAAAAUACAAAAAUGGAACACGUUCUAGUCUGACAUUUUCAAAUCAAAGAGUUAAGGAGAUUGAAAGGGAUAAUCGUAUUUUAUUAGAGAAAAUAAUGCGAAAUGGUCCUUUGGGUGACAGCUUUGUAAAACAACAGUCGAGGAUUAAUAAUCAACGAAAGAAAGUAAAAUCAGCAGCUGAAGUUAAUCGACAAAAAAAACAACACCAAAUAAAUUAUGAGAAUCAGCUUUUGAAACGCAAACUUGAUAAAAUUGCAACUCGUCGUGCAUCCGUUUCAAGUUCGUUGGGAUAAAACUUAAAGUAUUAAUUUUUCAAAAAAAUAAAUUUGUGUGAAAAUUUUAUU